GUAACUGACCAGAUGGUCUCUCUUUUGCAUUGGUCAAAUGGGAGACCCACCUGUAGUGACAGUUCAGUGGCACUCCUAGCCUUAUUCAUAGACUAUCUUCAUGUCUCCACUCACAUAUUUAAUCAUCUUUACCCUGCUUAUCAUUUAUGCAAUCAUUAUAUUUUAGAUAUCUUUUAAGUUUUCAAAACUCCAGAAACACAGUAGGACUUCAGUGCAUUUUAAAAAUAAAUAAAAUUACUCAUACUUUUCUUGAGAGGAAUUGAUAAUUCAAAUAUCAAUGUCCAGGUAGCAUGAUAAAUUCACAUAUGAGCCUGGGAGGGGGUAGAAAAAUCUUUGUAUUUCUACUUAUUAGUUAUUGAGAAUCCUUACAGCAAACUUUUAAAUGACUGCUAAAAUUCCCAUUAUAGACGAGAAAGCUGAAGCUCCUGGAGAUUAAGUAACAUGUCCAAGUUCUGAGUUGGUGGAUCUGGUUUUCAAAUCUUGGUCCAUCUCAUGUCAAGAUCAACAUCUUUUCCAUCUGUUCCCCUGCUUCCGGGAUAGACACUAAAUAUCCAAUAGUCUAGUCCUGGGGAGGGAAUAAGCAUAGCCAGAGGUGAGACAGAGUAAUGGCCUUGGGGAGUUCUUUCCUAUGAUAAGGCAAUUCGAGGCUCCCAGCUCCAACUGGGAAGCCAUAGACAGGGGUUGAGCCUCUGGAGUGAGAGGUACUAGCAAGAUCUCUUGUGUUACUGGAGGGCAUUCGGGCCCCAGCUGGCCAGGCCUGGGUGUGGAGGCCAGCUUCCAGGCCAGAGGAAGGCUUAAAUGAGAACUGAGAACUGAAUGAGAAACCCUGUUUUGGGGUACUAGUAGUUGAGAAGGCCUGGGCAGGGGAAGGGUGCUACAGUGCUCCCAGAAGACUCUCCAGCACUUUGAGCCAUUAAAGUAGUUCUUUGGGCCAAUAAAGUAGUUCUAGAUCCCACCAGCUUUGCCAGUAGGGCUCCUACUCUUUCUUCAGAUAUGGGAUUGCCUUAGGGACCACAGCUGGGUACAGCAGAGCAGGACACCUCAGUGCAGGCCAUGUUCUGCAAUGAUUUAAAGGAAAAGUAUGAGAAGAGGAUCAUUAUCAAAGGGGUCGAUGCUGAGACCAUGCACACUCUUCUGGACUAUACAUACACCAGCAAGGCGCUGAUCACCAAGCAGAAUGUGCAACGGGUCCUGGAAGCUGCUAACCUUUUCCAGUUCCUGCGGAUGGUGGAUGCCUGUGCUAGCUUCCUAACAGAAGCCUUGAAUCCAGAAAACUGUGUUGGAAUACUGAGGCUGGCAGAUACACACUCCUUGGACAGCCUGAAAAAGCAGGUGCAAAAUUACAUCAUCCAAAACUUUGUGCAGAUUCUGAACUCUGAGGAGUUCCUAGAACUUCCCGUGGACACUCUGUACCACAUCUUGAAGAGUGAUGAGCUGUAUGUAACAGAGGAGGCUCAGGUGUUUGAGACUGUGAUGAGUUGGGUCCGGCACAAACAGUCAGAACGACUCUGCUUGCUCCCCUACCUCCUUGAGAAUGUGCGCUUGCCACUGCUGGACCCGUGGUACUUUGUGGAGACGGUGGAGGCAGAUCCUCUCAUCAGACAGUGCCCGGAGGUCUUCCCGCUGCUUCAGGAAGCCAGGAUGUACCACCUUUCAGGCAAUGAGAUCAUUUCCGAGCGCACCAAGCCCAGGAUGCAUGAGUUUCAGUCUGAGGUAUUCAUGAUCAUUGGUGGCUGCACAAAGGAUGAACGGUUUGUGGCAGAGGUAACCUGCCUGGACCCCCUGAGGCGCAGCCGCCUGGAGGUGGCCAAGCUCCCCAUGACGGAGCAUGAGCUGGAGAGUGAGAACAAGAAGUGGGUGGAGUUUGCAUGCGUGACAUUGAAAAAUGAGGUCUACAUCUCAGGUGGCAAAGAGACACAGCAUGAUGUUUGGAAAUAUAAUUCUUCAAUCAACAAAUGGAUUCAAAUUGAGUAUUUGAACAUAGGCCGCUGGAGGCAUAAAAUGGUGGUAUUAGGUGGCAAGGUCUAUGUGAUUGGAGGUUUUGAUGGCUUACAGAGGAUCAACAAUGUGGAGACCUAUGAUCCCUUCCAUAACUGCUGGUCAGAGGCAGCACCCCUUCUUGUCCACGUCAGUUCCUUCGCAGCUACCAGCCAUAAGAAGAAACUCUAUGUGAUUGGGGGCGGGCCCAAUGGGAAACUGGCCACAGACAAGACUCAGUGUUAUGACCCUUCAACCAAUAAAUGGAAUUUAAAAUCGUCCAUGCCGGUGGAGUCUAAAUGCAUCAAUGCUGUCAGUUUCCGGGACCGCAUCUAUGUUGUUGGAGGGGCUAUGAGAGCGCUGUACGCCUACAGCCCUCUGGAAGACAGCUGGUGCCUGGUGACCCAGCUCAGCCACGAGAGGGCCAGCUGCGGCAUCGCGCCCUGCAACAACCGGCUCUACAUCACGGGAGGGCGGGACGAGAAGAACGAGGUCAUCGCCACGGUGCUGUGCUGGGACCCCGAGGCCCAGAAACUGACGGAGGAGUGUGUCUUGCCCCGCGGGGUGUCGCACCACGGCAGUGUCACCAUCAGGAAAUCUUACACCCACAUCCGGAGGAUCGUGCCCGGAGCCGUGUCGGUGUGACUGCGGGAGGGCGGAGCCACGGGGGCGCGGGGCGAGGUGCCAGGAGACCUCCCUCCUCACCUGUUGCCCGGGUUCGUCCCACUUCAGACAGCAGGCUGGGCUGGAGCUACAGGCCACACACCUGGGUUCCCCGCGGCUCCACAUGGGAGCUCCUUUUGGAAGUCACAGCUUUGGGACACCAGCCAGGAAUGUUUGUGCGACCUACCUCAGGAGGGAAGAAGAGUAAUAUGUAACAUUCAGGACAGACCUGUCCCCUGCCAGGUUCUGUGCCAAGCACUUUUGUGUAUCAAUUUGUUUAACCACCAUAAUGACCUGGUCACCGGACAUUAUCACUUCUGUUUUACAGGUGAGGAAACUUGAGUUUCAGAGAGGGGAAGUACUUUGUCCCUGGUCACCCAGAUUAUAAGUAGCUAAGCCAAGAGGCUAACUCCAGGUCUUUUCAAUUUCAAGGUCAGUGACGGUUCUGUCAUGCUGCCUAUUUCUGCAUAGGAAAACAACAAACUAAACUGGCUCAUUUUUUGUUUCUGACAAGUUUGCUGAAGGAUUCACUCAGCAAGGUGGGGAAAUAAAGUUUUUUCUUUCUUUCUUUUUUUUCUUAUAUUUAAACCACAUGGAAUCCUUGGUGUUAGAGCCUUGGGCUCCUUGUCAAGAGGGUUUCAAGUGUUGUUCCAUCUGACAGGACCGGAAGAUGGGUCUGGGAAGACCUAUAUGCUUUGAAAGAGAUAAAAAAUAACUUCUCACCCAUCAAAACCUCUUUUUUCUUUCUUUCUUUCUUUCUUUCUUUCUUUCUUUCUUUCUUUCUUUCUUUUUUUUUUUAUGAUCACACAGGUGCAUUUUGGACUAGAACUCUUGUUGCCAGACACAAUUGUACCUUCAGCAGAGUCCAGUGCCCUGGCCUCUCAACGUCCAACACUUGUAUUGCAGUGUUAAAAGCGGUUUUCCAGAGAUUCAGAAUCCUGUUUUUGUUGUUGUUUUUAAUGUAAACAUCCCUACACUGCUGGCCACUGCAAGAAUGACUGACUCUUCUUGACAGUAUACUUUCUGCUUUUUAGACUGUGACUCGAGUCCGUGUCCCUGAGACCCCACCCUCCUGGAACCUUAGUUUUCGGGAUCCUUUCAAGCCCUUCUGUUUGGUUUUUGGUUCAGUUUGGGACAAUUUUGACUCAAGGAAUGGAGUCUGUCCUUCACUCUGAUAGAGCUUUCAAAUGAGCUCACUGGAAAUUCAUUCUAAUCCCCAAGUUGGGGAAACAGAUUAAGAGAUCCUGUUUCAUAUGCUGUACUUAAAGAGCAAUAACAAUGAUAGCAACAUAGUAACUGCAUUACCCAAUGCGUUUUAUUUUCAUCAUAUGAUUUCAAAUCUCUUUAAUAGAGUUUUAUUUCAUGUCAGAUGCAGCACAUUGUGCCUGUACUUCUGGAACAGUUUGGGAAGUAGCGGUUUUAGAGUUUAUAGUGAGUUGAAUUUUCAUAGAAAAGUUAUGGUUAGAAGAAGCUUAAAGUUCCAAGCUGAUAAAAAAGGACUUGGAACAUUACAAAUGAGUUUUCUGUGUAUGCUUAGAUCAUUGAGGAUAAAUAUAAACACAUGUUGGUGUGUGAAAAGCUCUGUGCCUUAGAAUCAGGUGUGACAGUUCAGCUCCCUGCUACAAAAAGUAGGAAGGGAAAAUACAAACAUAUCUGGGGACAUUUAGAACACAUUACAGUAAGUGAUGUACUUACUCAUGAGCACUAAUAACCUUAACAAAGCUUUCAACUGAAACAAGUUAAUCUAGUUCCAUUUAGCAGACAUUCAAGGAGUUCUUUCUGUUUGUCAAGACUUUGGGACACAAACAGGUAAGAUAACCACCCCUGAAACAUUCAAUAAACAGGUAAACAGGCCACUAGUCAACAUUAUAUAAUGUUUUUCUUUUCAUCAAGUUAGAGAAAAAUGAUACAUCUGCAAAGUUAUGAGGUUACACCCACUUCUUUAUUGCCCUUCCAGUGCUCUUCAUGGGAAGCUGUGCUCUUAGGUCAAUGAUGCGGCCAUUGCUUGCAUAUUUGACUUCCUUUGAGAUAGUCUUCAGAAACCAUUUAUGAGUUAUAGGAGCAAUCAUUUUCUGAAGAUGAUUUCAGGAAGAACUUCCAAAAAGUCUAUCCAAUGACAACAUCAGUGGCAUUUGCAGAGAGCUCCCCUCAGAAAGAGAGUGCUCCUUGUCAUCGAGAACUUUUGAUAAGAGCAGUUGACAAAUUUUGUGCCCAUCAGUGGAUCAGCCUUACUCUGGGAAAGUGAGGAUUCAAGACCUCUGUGUUAUAAAUCUGCUUCUAACUGCAGGACCCAAGUUUCAGGACUAGUUCAGAAAAUGUAAAUGAAGUCAAGGAAAGGAUUCUAUGUCGUUUUUCAUUAAAUAUUUAUUUUUGAGGCAGAAAGAGACAGAGCGUGAGUGGGGGAGAGGCAGGUAGAGAGGGAGACACAGACUCCAAAGGAGGCUCCAAGCUCUGAGCUGUCAGCACAGAGCCAGAGGCAGGGCUCAAACCCACAAACCGGGACAUCGUGACCUGAGCCGAAGUCAGAUGCUUAACAGACUGAGCCACCCAGGUGCUCCAGCUUCUAUGUCAUUUUAAUGUCACUAGAUAUGCAGGUCAAUUGUAAAAUCUCAGAUGCCUGGCCCUCAAGAGAGAUUCUCAAUAAUGGCAUAGGUUGGCAGACAGAUACACCUGUUAAGACGACACAGAGUCCUGCACUUAACGCUGCCAGUCAGUAGCUUUUAGGGAAAUAAGAGUUCAAGUAAUUCAGGGAAACUUUAUAAGCGUAUCAGGAUUUAAGCUUCUUGGCACUAGCCAAGGAUGGAAGCUCUUAAAAUCGAAUUUCCAUUUACAGAUAAACAAUCAAUCAAAAAAUGUAGUUUGUGUGAUUGUCGUACCCAUACCACCAUCGGGUGAUGAGGCAAAUUGGCACCAGAUGAGUAAGAGGCAAAGGGCCCUAGGACUGAGGAAGGGUAUGUGGAACAUCCUGGCAUAGCACACUGGAUCUUGAAGCAGGUCAUGUGAAUGGACAGAGCAUCCCUGUCUGGGAGGAAAAGGAUGAAGUAGGAGGAGGAAGAAAAGGUCAGGUUUAAGGAUACAGGUCUAGAAAAUGAUAUCAUGGUCCCUAGAGUUUGUGAGCAUGACUGCAUUCUAGAGAAGGGUAAGGGAAGAAUAAGGAACAGAGGUUUCAGGGAGUGGCUUCCAGGAGAAGAAAGGCACAAAUGAGAGCAGGACUGGCAGCCAGACCCACUUGUUGGGGGUGGGGGUGCCUCUGAGCUUCUUGGCAGGGUCUUCUAUUUUACUGCACUUAAAGAGAAUGAGGCCCAGAGGCUCUGAUGGGAUGGAAACUGUAGGAGAGGUUAAGGGACUCUAGUUCCCACAGCUGAUCUGAAAUGGGCAGGGAGCUGAUCUCACCUGAACAUCAACAGAUACAUGUUCUCUUCUUAGCCUUCCCCACAUCUUGCAAUCAAUGACUUCAGGAAACACACACACACUCACACACUCACAUUUUGCCCUUGAACUCAUACCAUUUCUCAGGGAAAUACAAAUAUCAUUUGCUUAUAGCUGUGAAAGUAUAGCUUUGCUAUUUAUAAAAGCACUUGAGGUACUGUUGUUAUUUAUAUAUCCUACUUGAUUUUGAAAAAGAAAAGUACUCAUUAGAAUUUUCAGAGUGGGCAAAUACCACUGGAAUUUCCUAUAUAAGGUCCUAACUUGGGGUUGAAAGAUCAUUUUUUCCUUUAAUAUUUGAUUUGAGUGUUGUAUUGGAUCUCAUAAUCUGAAGAGUCAAUCUUCAUGGAAAUCCACAAAUAUCUCAAGUAUGGCUAUUGCAAAACCAGUUUUGGCAGGCUGAAUAUUCAUAUUUAUAGGUAAAAAUAGUCAACACUUAGUUGGCUAAGUCCUUCAAGCAUUUUGGUUAUAUGAAUCUGUAUUUUUUUAAAUGAUCAAACUAAGGAUAUUGUUUAUACGUAAGUAUACAAAUAAAGUUUGUAUUUAUUCAAUAA